AUGAUAGAUUCCAAUGAGGGCCAAGGUGGGAAUGAUGCAUCCAUAAUAGAUGGUUGGAAAGGAUAUAAUAACACCAAUAGGCUUCAAGAUCAUGUCGGCAGCAAAUGCGAUAGAUUUCACAACACAGCUGUAAAAAGAUGUGACAAUUUGUUGAAGCCAGACCAGUCAAUUGGUGCUCAUUUCAACAAGCAAAGCAAUGCCACUAAAGAGAACUAUAUCAUUCGACUGACUACAUCUAUCAAAGUUGUUCGAUACUUGCUACAUCAAGGUUUAACUUUCCGUUGUCACGAUGAAUCACAAGAGUCUACAAAUAAGGGAAAUUUUUUAGAGUUGAUACAACUUCUGGCAGAAGAAAAUGACAAGGAACAAAUGGCAGUGGUUGUGUGGUAUGUUGACAAGCUUGGGGUCAUAAAGGAGAGACUGAUUGGAAUUGUUCAUGUGAAAGAGACGUCAGCUUCAUGUCUGAAAUCAAACAUAGAUAAUCUAUUUACUAAGUAUGGAUUGAGCUUAAAACAGGUGAGAGGACAAGGUUAUGAUGGAGCUAGCAACAUGAGAGAGUUCAAUGAUCGUUCUGAUGAGGUGAACUCUAAACUUCUUACCCAGAUCGCUUCUUUUAAUCCCAAGAAUUCUUUUGAUGCUUACAAAUUUGAGAGUUUGAUGGAGUUGGCUCAGUCAUACCCAAAAGAUUUUGAUUCAACACAACUAAAAGAUCUUGCACGUGAGCUUCCUAUUUACAUUGAUAAUGUGAGAGCUGAUGAAAGAUUUGCCAAGUUUAAUAGUAUUUCUGAGCUUGGUAGGAUGAUGGUGCAGACAACUAAACAUCUUUCUUUUCCUUUGGUAUCAUCUACUGAAGCUCGUACUUGUUCUUUCUAUUGCUACCGCAUCGAUGGAGAGGUGCUUUUCAGCGAUGAAAAUUGUGAAGACCGUACUGCGUAA